CCAACGGCGCGGGUGUCCCCACAGGCGUCUUUCUGAUCCCCUACCUCCUGAUCGUCUUCGUGGGGGGCAUCCCCGUCUUCUUCCUGGAGGUGGCGCUGGGCCAGUUCAUGAAGCAGGGCGGGAUCGCCGCCUGGAACAUCGCCCCCCUCUUCAAAGGUCUGGGCCUGGCCUCCAUGGUCAUCGUGUUCUUCUGCAACUCCUACUACAUCAUGAUCCUGGUCUGGGGGCUCUUCUACCUGGCCCACUCGCUCACGGACACGCUGCCCUGGGCCACCUGCGGCCACGCCUGGAACACGGAGCGCUGCACCGAGCUCUUCGCCCUGGGCCUGUGCCCCAACGGCACCAACAGCAGCGCCGGCCCCGGCAACUUCAGCUGCGCCGAGCUGGCCGGCAAGCGCUCGCCCGUCAUCGAGUUCUGGGAGAACAAGGUGCUGCGGCUCUCAGGGGGCCUGGGCGAGCCAGGGGAGCUGCACUGGCAGAUGGUGCUGUGCCUGCUGGCCACGUGGCUCAUCGUCUACUUCUGCAUCUGGAAGGGCGUCAAGUCCACCGGGAAGGUCGUGUACUUCACAGCGCUGUUCCCCUACGUGGUCCUGAUUCUGCUGCUGGUGCACGGUGUCACACUGCCUGGGGCGCUGGGGGGCAUCGUCUACUACCUGAAGCCCGACUGGUCCAAGCUGGCUGAAGCCCAGGUGUGGAUCGACGCGGGCACGCAGAUCUUCUUCUCCUACGCCAUCGGGCUGGGCGCCCUGACCGCACUGGGCAGCUACAACCGGUUCCACAACAACUGCUACCGGGACGCCUACGUCCUGGCCGUGAUCAACAGCUCCACCAGCUUCUUUGCCGGCUUCGUGGUCUUCUCAGUGCUGGGCUUCAUGGCGUCCGAGCAGGGCGUCGACAUCUCCAAAGUGGCCGAGUCGGGCCCCGGACUGGCCUUCAUUGCCUACCCCAAGGCUGUGACCCUGAUGCCCCUGUCGCCGCUCUGGGCCACCCUCUUCUUCUUCAUGCUGCUUGUGCUGGGACUCGACAGCCAGUUCGUGGGCGUCGAGGGCUUCAUCACGGGCAUCCUGGACCUGUUCCCGCAGCCGGGCGCUGGCUCACUGCGCCGGGAGUUCACGGCCGCGCUGUGCUGCCUGCUCUGCUGCCUCAUCGACCUCUCCAUGGUGACCGAGGGCGGCAUGUACGUCUUUCAGCUCUUCGACUACUACUCGGCCAGCGGCAUCACGCUGCUGUGGCAGGCCUUCUGGGAGUGUGUCGUCAUCGCCUGGGUCUAUGGAGCCGACCGCUUCAUGGAUGACGUGGCCCGCAUGAUCGGCUACCGGCCCCUGCCCUUCAUGAAGUGGUGCUGGGCCGUCAUCACUCCCCUGGUCUGCGUGGGCAUCUUCCUCUUCCAUGUGGUGAACUACCAGCAGCUGACGUACAACCAGACCUAUGUGUACCCCUGGUGGGGUGACGCCAUCGGCUGGGCCAUGGCCCUCUCUUCCAUGCUCUGCAUCCCAUGCACCGUUCUCUACAAACUGCUGCGCUGCAAGGGCUCCCUGCGAGAGCGCUGGCAGCUCCUGACGACGCCGAUCUGGGGGCACCACCACCUCGAGUACUUGACGCCUGAGGCCGAGGCCAAGCUGCUGGCACCCGAAGCCCCCAAGGAGAAGGCAACGCUCUUUGAGACUGUGAUCUGAGCGCCCGCCGGGGCGGUCCUGCCGCCCUACUCAUAGCAAUAACGCCACACGCCGCCGGCACCUCCCCGGCACCUGCUCUGCACUUGCCCGAGGCCUGGCUGGGCACUGGGGCCCUUCCAGACCUGAGGCUGCCUCAGGGUGCGCAGUCAGCCCACGUGACCCCUCUGGCCUGGCCUGCCUGGGGGCAGCAGGGCACCUGCAGCUGGGGCAGACACAGCCCAGAGGGGGCACGGGGGUUCCCCGGUCCCCGCACAGGCAGGGCUUCCUUCCGUCUGGCUGCAGGGUGGGGGAGAUAGGGCCCAUACUCGGCCCCUCUGCUCUUCCAGGCCCCGGCUGCCCCAUGGCCCCUGCUCUGGCCCCGGCGGUGACUCGCUGCCCUCGUGCUACCCCGGCCCUUGCAUCGCCUGGGCAGGGGCUGCGUCCUGCCCCCCUUGCACCAGCCCCUGGCAUCCAGUCCCGCCUCGGCCCCCGUGCCCUCGCCCCAGUCCCGGCCGAGCUGCCCCGUGUCGUGCCGUGCCGUGUGUGUGUGCGCCGCACCGCCCCUGGCUUUGCCCUCGGUGUCGCUCUGUACGGACCCAUCCAACAUCUGGCAAUAAAUGUGGGACACCCUA